AUGAAUAAAGGACUACUGACUGGUCAAGCAUCCACCUCGACUUUUAGGGUUGAUUGUUCUAAAAAAGAGGCCCGGAUUGCGACUCCUGCCACCCCAGCGACCUCCCACGGCCUGAUGGAGACCUCCGAUAGCCCAUUGGAGACCAUCCACGGCCUGCCGACUACAUCUCAACCCAGCAACGCCGUGUCACCCGGGACAGGAGAACAGGGCCCGGAGAACCCAACAAUCGAGGAUACUCCUGCCCCUGCCAGACCAGCAAUACCCAGGCCCACACCGAUAUCUCGUGCUGAGUCACCUAAGACUGCUUCCAGCCCUGAACUACAAGCCCAGCCGCCCACACAAAACAUCACGCCGACUUCUCACCCAGCUUCCCUCCUGUCUCAGAUCUCAAGGACUCUACCGACUGGUCUUGCCGCCAAAAGGAGGAUCUGCCUUGGAAUGGCCGCCCGUCAAGGACUGUCGGCCCUACUGAGACCACACUCCGGACUACCUACCAACAAGAAGCUGCUGCUCUACAAAACGAUAGUUCGCCCCAACGUGACAUACGCGGCUCCAGCCUGGAACACGGUCUUCCUACGGUCUGCAGGACUACCCAGCCUGCAUGAAUACAUCGCAGGCCAGGCGAGAGCCAUGUAUGCAGUGACAGCUGAAUCACCGUGGGAACACAUCCGGGAGUGGGUAACCAGGGAAGCCGUCCACCCGUGGAAAAUCCAACAACUGAAAGUCAUACUAGAUGACCCAACCCUAGAAGAAAGAACAACAAAAACCAACUAA